CAGUCUCUCACAAGUUUGCUUUUGUUAAAGUCAGGUGACGAAAAUUGUAGUCAGACUGCCAAUGUCACCUUCAUGACAGUGUUUUACACCAUAUUCCUGCCAAAGAUCUAUCAAGUGUAAAGGAAGUACCUAGCAUUGAAGAAGAGAAUCAGAGUGAAUGUCAAAGGCGGAGAUUCGUUCACAGACAAGUGAAUGCUCAAAAGACUAAAAAAGCUGGCUAAAUUUGGUUCCUGCUUCGUACCCAACUCCACGCGCCUUCCCUAAACCUUCUACAACGACAUCAUAACAACAAUUCAAAUUUUCAAAUUCCGACUCAAUAUGAACGAUCGGGUUGAUCGUCUCAGAGCAUUGACCGGCCAGCAAGAAGUUUACGACAAUCCUGAUAUGGAGGAAACGCAAACGGAGAGCGAAGAUGCCUUCGUGCUUCCGGAGGGAUUCACAAUUAAAGCACACAAUAUUUACAAUGGUACCUCUGAAGAAGAAGAUUCUCCACCUAAAUUGAAACCUGGAAAAUCGAAGCAACGUAGCGAUGUUCCUGAGCAGUACCAAAAUAAGGAUCUUGAAUUUGACGACGGGGAGAACAUCACGGCCAGAAUGCGAGCGGGCAUGAACGAACAUCACUAUGGGUCAUCGGCGCCACUACUUUAUCCUGAACUGGGCCCUAAUGACUUCCAGGAGUACAAGAAACUGGAGUAUGGUCAGCUUGCUGCGGAGGGAGAGAGCUUUUGCCCCUGGAAGACCGUAUCGCAGUAUGCAUACAGAUAUGUUGGCCAUGCAAACAGACCAAGGGUCACGGAGCAGUUCUUCUACGGAGGUAAAUGCUAUUUGCAAACAUGGGAUUUCUUCUAUCUAUAUAGAUUGAGAGAAGAUCCGAAUCAAAGCCCGAUAAUCCUUGUUCCUACUAAGCAAGUUGAGUAUUUUCUGGCUGUUAUCAACAGAUCACUUAAUACAAAUCUUACUAUUCCUUCUGGAUCAGCAGGCGCGUUUGACGCAGUCUUUAGCAACGACGGUACUCCUUAUCCCAGAUAUCUCGGUCGAGUACUCAACAAAAACAUGGCGGAUGAGUUGAGAGAAAAUGUCCCACCUCGAUACUACAAACUUGAUGGCGAACCCCCUAUCACAAAGCCACUUGUGGACACAUCGCUUGCGGCCUUUAGAGCCAAGAUUGAAGCUUUGAAUCUAACCGCAAAGAACAAAAAAGCUGCUAACAAGGAGAAGCAACGAGUCGACCGAGUUGCCAAACAAAAAGCUUGGAAGGACUCUACUAAGCGUGUUCAGCGUUAUCUGGGGUUGCGUAAACGAUCAGAUGAUGAUACACCAACAGGUUCUGACUCCGCAGAUAACAAUACCUUCUAUGAUCCUGAUAAACCUACGAAGUUUAUGAUGGAAGAUGCAGUCGUUUUUGUCUGCAUAGAUGUUGAAGCUUAUGAAAUGAACAACAACAUCAUUACGGAAAUUGGCAUUGCUACUCUAGAUGUUCUGGACAUUGCUAAUAUGGAACCGGGUGUGCUCGGCGAAAAUUGGAGAAACGCUAUACGUGCAAGACAUUUCCGUAUCAAGGAGAACAUGCAUCUCAAUAACACAAAACAUGUUCAGGGAUGUGCUGGUAGUUUUGAAUUUGGCACGAGCGAGAUUAUCUACAGAGAUGAUGCACCCCGCGUAGUUGGUAGCUGUUUCAAAUACCCUUUUUCCGACCCUUCUCCAUCUCCCGAUCUUGCCGAUCAGAAACGUAACAUCAUCCUUGUUGGCCACGAUGUUGAUGCAGAUAUUCGUUUCCUUCGCCAAAUUGGGUAUGAAAUUAAUAAUCUCAAACUACAUGAAGGUUGCGAUACCACUCUCAUGUGGCGAGCUUUAAAGCGGGAAGUUAAUCCAAGAAGUUUAUCUGCUAUACUUGCGGAGAUUGGUAUUGCGGCCUGGAAUUUACAUAAUGCCGGCAAUGAUGCUGUGUAUACUUUGCAAGCUAUGUUGGGGAUCGCUUGUAAACAUUUGGUGGAUAGGAAGAUUGAAAGAAAGGAGAAAGAUAAGUUGAAGAAGGAUAGAAUCUCUGAAGCCGUCAAAGAAGCAGUAGAAUUAGCUUACGAGCGUGAAGAAGGCUGGUCCUCUGAUGGUAGCGACGGUGGUGAACGUAUUACACCCGAACAGGCAAACGCCAAGAAAGCAGCUGAUGCUGCCAAGAAGGCUGCGAGUAGAAGACCGAAGGUAACAGAUGCAAAUGAAUUGUGGCCCAAUGGUUUCAAUUCAGGGGCUACUGCUUCUACCUCUUGGGUCGGUAAUGCUCAAGGCCAAACCCAGGGUUCUCAGGGAGGAUGGGGAACCCCUCCGGCUACUCCGACAAAGAAUGGAAAAUCCAAGACGGAUUCUACUUCUGCUUCUGCACUUGAGCCAGCACUUGUACCUGCAGAGCAAUUUGGAUACAAACGUCUAGGCCCCAAUUUCAAGUCAUCAGCUAGCACCGGUAGUGGUUUCAACGCCGAUAGCAAGGCCGAUCCCGAGGAUCAAACAACAUCUCAACUCCGUACAGGUGGCAACUGGGGUCGAGAAUGGACAACUCGGAACACAACGGCAGCUGCUGCGCCAGUUCCAACUGCCCAAACAUCAACCUCUGCCCCCGUUUCCACGGAUCAACCUUCCACAUCUGCCUCUCUCGACCCCGAAAUCACAGGUCUCGAACAGAAAAUGCAAAAUGCUACUCUGGCCGAACUACAAGAACAAGGUAAAAUCCCCAUGGAUCUCUCGGCAAAUGCAUCGCUCCAACUCCUGGAACAGCAGAAAGAAGAUGCAAAGGGUACUGGUGAAAGCCCGUGGCCUCAGCAGAGGGCACGUAGGGUUAAGUGGUAAAUGCGAUUUCUCUCCGCUUUGGCUUUGUAUUUGGGAUUGUAGGAUUGGAGAGUCCAAGAUAUAUAUCUUAUCUUCUGUUCUUCAGUCGAUCAAAUCACUCGUGGGGAGGCUUACGAAUGCGCGGAGAUGCAUAUUUCGUUUUACUUUUCUUUGAGCAUUGCAUCUGAUUUACUUAGAUAUGGGCGAAGGUACAGCGAAGAACUUUGCAUUGAAAUGCGUUGUGAUUCUUCUUUUUCUUUUAUUCUCUUUCCUCGAUGGACUAUGCAUGGCUUCUUUACAUCGAAUAGUAAGUAUAUCGAAGAUGCAGCGGUGCGGGGACUACAUAGCGCAGCAAGGAUUACUUGCAUUACAUACCUAGGUAUAUCAAUGAGAACGCUCUACAUUUGCUUGCACAUUGAUCAUGACCAAAAUAGAUAAGAAG